UCCCUGUUGUUUGGAAUUUGCUGUGCUCUGCUUUUACUUCUCGUCUUACCUUUACCUCUCCUUUUACCUUACUUAAACUAGUUUCAAAUGGCUUCAAAACUAUCACAUUUCUCAUUAGAUAUUAGCAAGCUAAACUUUGUUUUACAAGUCUUGAGGCAUUACAAGUUUCCUGAAGCAAGAUGGUUUGACUUUGGAUUGAAUCUUGGCCUACCUUAUCACACACUGAAAGCUAUUGAGUCAGCUAAUAAAGGAGAUCCUUCAAAUUGCCUGAUGGAGUGUUUAGCCAAGUGGUUGACUGAAGGCUCUGAUCAUACUCUUGUAUGGCAGACACUGGCUAAUGCACUCCGUGGAAUGAAUGCAUUAGCUGUGUCUAAUAAUAUUCACAAAACAAUGGCAGAUCCUGUUAGUGAGAUAUUACAGUUUUAUAUUGGUAGACUAGCUCAAGUUGUUCUUACUGAGGAAUCAGUUGAUCUCUUACAUACAGAGGGAUUGAUAUCUAAGGAUACAUUAACAGAAGUGAAGAGUUGCGGUUGUUCAUUGGUAGGAGAUCCAAUGUUACUAAUAUUAAGUGCUGUAGCUGAAGAUCAUAGCAAGUUAUGUACUCUGACAAGCAUUCUAAUGAAAUCAAAGGAAGCAAUGUCUUUAGCUAGUGAUAUAAUAAUGGAAUAUAGAAAGUCAUUUCCUUCAGCAGUAACAGUGAUGCCAUCUUGUCAACAAGCAAGUACUUCAACAUCUUCAAGAUCUGGACAAUUACAAGAUAGUAGUAGUGAGACUCAAGUAACCACCAAUACUGAUGCUACUGCACAAAAUGCCUAUGAGAUAUUCAUGAAAUAUAAGAAAUCAGAAAAAAACAUUCAAGGAUAA